GUUUCACGUGAAGGUUGUCUUUUUCAAUAAUCUGCAUUUAUACAAAUGGAAAUGGAUACUGAGAAAGAAGUCGGGGAUAUGCGCGUUCUGCUCCAGUCAUGGAAUGUCGCCGAUCUUCUCCCACGCUUGGAAGAGCAGGCCAUCGGCAUAAACGAACUGUACAUGAUGAAACCACAUCACUUGCCUGAGCUGCUCCAGAAUGUUGGCUUGGGAGAGCGCAUACGCUUCGAGCAUCACCUGGAGCGCUGGCGCCAUGGGCUAAAAUGGCCCCUCCAAAGUGUGCAGGAGCAGAAACACUGCCAGGGUUGUCGUUGUGCGACUGACUACGCUGCGGACACUGCCCAUUCCGAUGAUUCAUUGGCUAACUCAAACGCCGAAACCGUGCAGGCCAACAUUGAGCCUGAGCCAGUGGCAAACGAAGUAAAGAAGGAAAGCGGCGAUGAGGACCAGAAGCUGGAAGCGCUUACAGUGCUGGGCAUUCUAAAGGCCGGCGGCACGCGCUCCCAGUCGCUGCUCGAUGUCGUUGGACAGCCAAAGUGCCUGGAUGCAGGGCAGCGGCGGCUGCUCAUCCGGUUGAUUUCCGACUACUACCUAGAAAAUGGUCAGCGACUGUCGCUGCCGUUCAGCUACCAACUGGAGGAGGAGAUACUGCGCCUCUUUCCCAAGGAAGAAUUGCAACAUUACCGCAAAACAUUCCGUGGCAAGAUCUAUGUGCGCUUCAUAAACAUGAAGGGCAACAAGAGAGUCAGCCCUGCCCCACCCCGUCAAAUGCCAAAGCGUAGACGCCACUGA